ACAAAAACUCCUGUGUAAUGAUUGGCGUGCCAAAGUGAAAGACGUUUUCCUUUUUUCCGAGAAAAAAAAAAACAAUUUAGGAAAGGAAAGUGUCUUGAGAAAACAUGGCGGAGUAAGAGAAAGAAACGUUACCGAUGCUUCUUGAAAAAGCGAGAAACUCUCCCACCACAGGACAUGUAGCGCGGUUACACACUUUAAAGCUGUUCAAAUCUGAAAGUGAGGAUGGAGGCCUCAUGUCUGGAACUGGCUCUGGAAGGUGAGCGUCUGUGUAAAGUGGGAGAUUACCUUGUGGGUGUCUCCUUUUUUGAGUCGGCCAUCCAGGUGGGCACAGAAGACCUGCAGAUUUUGAGUGCCAUCUACAGUCAGCUGGGCAAUGCCUACUUCCACCUGCACGACUACAACAAGGCGCUGGAAUACCAUCGCCAUGACCUCACACUCACCAGAACUAUCGGAGAUCAGCUGGGAGAAGCUAAAGCCAGUGGUAACCUUGGAAACACUUUGAAGGUUUUGUGUCGCUAUGAUGAAGCAGCAGUUUGUUGCCAAAGACAUCUGGACAUUUCUAGGAUGCUCCAUGAUAAGGUGGGGCAGGCCCGAGCGCUGUAUAAUUAUGGGAAUGUGUACCACGCCAAGGGGAAGAACAUAUGUUGGAGCGGUAUGGACCCUGGAGAAUUUCCCGAGGAGGCACGCAUCGCUCUGAAGAAAGCAACAGAGUACUAUGAAGCGAAUCUGGCCAUUGUGAAAGAGCUGGGGGACAGAGCGGCACAGGGCAGGACCUACGGUAACCUUGGCAACUCGCACUAUUUGCUCGGAAACUUCCAGGAUGCUGUUCUGGCUCACGAACAGCGUCUCCUUAUUGCAAAGGAGUUUGGAGACAGAGCUGCAGAGCGGAGAGCAUAUUGUAACCUUGGAAAUGCAUACAUAUUCCUUGGACAAUUUGAAGUUGCAGCUGAACAUUACAAGCGGACACUGCAGUUGGCGCGGCAGCUGAAGGACAGGGCCGUGGAGGCUCAGGCCUGCUACAGUCUGGGCAACACCUACACGCUCCUGCAGGACUAUGAGAGAGCCAUAGACUAUCACCUCAAACAUCUCAUCAUAGCUCAGGACCUCAAGGACAGGAUCGGAGAAGGGAGAGCGUGCUGGAGUUUAGGGAACGCCUACACCGCACUGGGAAACCACGAGCAGGCCAUGAGCUUCGCUGAAAAACAUCUGGAGAUCUCCAAAGAGAUUGGAGACCGCAGUGGGGAGCUGACGGCUCGAAUGAACGUAUCUGAUCUGCAGUUAGUUUUGAGUCUGAAGCAGAAUAAUUCCAACACUAACAGCUCUGCCUUCAUCGAGAGUCCGCCCGGUGACAGCAGUCUGCCUGAUGGAAGAUCCAGAGGAAGCAGGAGACACAGCAUGGAGAACAUGGAGCUCAUGAAACUCAGCUCUGACAAAAAUACGGGCCAGGCCUGUGAGGAGUCUACAACCCCUCAGCAAACCAAAUCGCCAACCAAAUCAUCCAUAGCCAAGACAUCUUCUAAACUUUUCUUCAUCAAUCGCUUCAGGAGCAAAAAACACAGGCUGAAUGGGUCAAACUCCAGUCCACCAGCUGAGAACCACAGCAGCAGCAGCCCACCUUUAGCCCGUCUGGACAAACAGUACGCCCCAGACACUCUGGGUGACGAUGGCUUUUUUGAUCUUCUGAGCCGUUUUCAAGGCAGUCGCAUGGAUGACCAAAGGUGCUCGUUACAGGACGGCCUGAACCGUGUUCCCGCCCCUUCCAUUCCCUGUGAAACCCCACCUGUAGCCUUGAAGAAACCUAUUUCCACGCCCGGAGAGGAGGCCUCGGCACAGCCUGGCCAUUUCCUAGACCUGCUGGCCAGCUCACAGAGCCGUCGGCUGGACGAGCAGCGGGCCAGUGUGGACAGUCUCCCGGGUCUCCGGCUGGACCCGCGCCACAGCCAGGACGUUCUCAGAAAACUCAUGGCCUCGGCCGAUAACAGAGAACCAGAUGAAGACUUCUUCGACAUGCUGAUUAAGUGCCAGGGAUCAUAACUGGAUGAUCAGACAUGUGCUCCUCCACCUCCUCCCACCAGAGACCCUACAGUCCCAGACAAAGACCGGAGAGACAAAGGCA